AUGGAGGAGAAUCGUCAACCCACGUUUCUUCCUCGCCUUGCACCCCACCUGUUCCACAGCCGACGGCCUGCAGUCAAUCCUCGCCUGAGACUAGGGACGUCAACACCACUCUCGUCUAAUUCCAGUACCAACCAGGUCUCCGCUCAUCAACUUCGGGUUACGGAUCUAUCCCCCACACCGGCAGGUUAUUCCGCGACUCCGCUGAUCUUGAUAUUCUCCCAACUCCGUUCGGAGGACGCCGCCUAUGCUGCCGACACCUUCUGCGAUAUCAUGCUCGCCGACCCUCCGGCUGCUGCAGGCGUCCUCGUCGCGCUGGCCAAAGCCGCCAAAGGAUCAGAAGAUGGAGCUGGACAGCUCUUGGUCUUUCUCGUGCAGGCGUUGCAGGGUAGGGAUCUAUUCGCCGCACUCAUCCACCAACUCUUGUAUCCGUGA